AUGCCUUCCUUCUCGACCAUUGCCGGUGUCGCAGUCACCGUUCUGGCGGCUGCCACUCAGGUCUCUGCCUACGACGCCGUGACCUUGAGCAAGCAGACCUGGUACGGAUACCCCGACAACGACCCACCAAGCAACCAGGUUGCUUACAACUGCCUUGGACGCGGAAACAAAGCCACCGGUGAUGGAUCGUUCGGUAACCCUCUCACCUACGCCACCAAGAAGGGCUCCUUCUUGCACAAGCCUUGCGAGAUCACCUGGUUCCCCUACCUCCAGAAGUACCUCGUGAUGGCCGACAUCUGCGCCGGCUGUGACGACGCUCAAAUUGAUAUCUGGAUCGGCAACGGCAACGGCGGCCAGGCCGAGCUCAACUGCGAGAACAACUCGCCUUCCGGAAACGGCCACAAGCUCAUCCGUGAUGGCUCCAACAGCCACUCCGCUAACACCAAUGCCUUGUGGAGCUCUGGUGGCGGUUGCCAGGUCAAGAACAACGUCUACCCCGACGGCAACUAG